AAUUUGUGGCAAAUUGAAAAUUUGCAAAAGUUAUAAAAAUAUCUUCUUUUAUCGUUUUCAUGUGAGUCUAGGACUGUUGAAUUACAAAAGAGCAAUGAAGACGCAUACAGUUAUAUUAAUUACUUCAAUUCUGACAUAUUUUGGAGCAAGAUCUUGUUAUGGACUCAUGGAUUGGUUCUUUGGAAAAAAUUCAGAAUCACAGCAUGAAAACAAGCCUGGGCCUGCGAGCAUUGCAACUGGAAAUGUCGCUUUUGAAAUGAAACUGACUGAUGAGAAGUUUUUGUCACAAGCUGGCUUCAAAGAUCUUUCUGCACUAGAUACAUGUCAUCACCAGGUAGUUGCUGAACUGAAGUCCAGCUGUAGCAGUUUGGCAGAGGAAGAUAUUGGUAAACUUGCAGUCCAGUUACUCAACUGUCAGUUACAGGCUGAAAAUAGGCAGACAUUUCCAUGUUAUCCAUCAAUGACAAUAGGAGAAUGUACAAAAGAUAUGGAUCCAACUAUGUGGAACUCGUACCAGAUCGUAAGCAACAGAGCGAGGGCAAUAUGUUACCAGACCAGACAGCAACAGUUCAGGAUGAAUACAGAACUAACUGUCAACAAGAUGUUACAUGCAAGCCAGAGUCAGCUUAAUGCAAUGAAUGAGUUAAAUGAUGGUCAGGAGAAGCUUGGAGCACUGACUAGUGACACAAUGAGAAAGAUGUUUGAAGGCCAACAAGAGCUGGUCAGCAAUGAGCAGCUCAUCAAGGCAGAACAAGCUCAUGUACAGGAAUACAUAGCUAUGAAUUUGAAGGAGUUAACAGAUGAGAAAGCCCUUAUAUCUAGUGGAAAUAAAGCACUUGCUGAUAUGGCAGAACAGAUCAAAGGAAAAUUAGAGAAGACGAGCAGUCAGAUCGCCAGCCAGGACGAGGCACAGAGAGCAGCCCAUGAAGAGAUACUGCAAGAUCUUGCCAACAUGAGGGAGAAGGCGAGAAAGGUUUGGGAAAAGAUAGAUCAGAGCAGUAAAGAUAUGAUGCGACACCAGAAUGAGACAGCUCAGCAGUAUCAGCUAACUCUAGAAAAUCUUCGUAAAGUUAACGAUACAAUCAACUUCCUGUUAAAGACAGUGUCUGUGAUGCAACAGGGAUUUGACCAGAAACUUGGCUGGUUUGCGAACAUAUUAGGAGGAACUGGGGACAAGGUGCUUUUCUUGUAUACACUAACAACCCACUUCCUGUUUGCACUAGCUGUUGCCGUGACAAUGAUCUUCUUGCACACCCCCCUGUACUCCAGACUCCUUGUCCUCAUACUGCUGCCUUUGAAUGCAAUCUCUGAGAUAAAGCAGGGCCAGAGUCUCAGCUUCACUAACCUCACUGUACUAGUUCCUGUCAUAGUAGCAGGAAGUUGGUUCUUGAAGGUGUCAGUGAGGAAGUGCCUGGAGAGAAAGAAGUCUUCCAUGAAAGCCAGCAAUGCAAGCCUUGGUCUCUCAAUGUCCCCUAUUGUACCAAGUGAAAGCACAGCAGCAACAACUAUAAAUGCCACUGUUAACUCCACAGACACAUCACAACCUGAAUCAAAUGUAGCUGGUGACUCAACCCGUCAAGAUCUAUCUUGGGAUUAUAACUCAACUGACAUGCCUCAGUUUAUGGAGCCCCCUCAUGACCCACUCUCUACCCCCAUGUACCAGCCUAUGACGCCUAUGCCUGAUGACAGUUUAGUUUUGGGAGAUUUCGGCAUGACACCAAAUAAGGACAAUGUGCACCUAGUAAAGCGCCACCUUUUGGAAACUCUAGAUCACCCAAGUCAAAAGAGAGGAUCCCGUAGUUGCUCCCCUGCACCAAAUAGAAGUCUCAAAGCCACAGCAAAAAACAGGAAUCGUAGUGUAACACCUGUGCGUCCUGCCUCCAGAAACAACAGUCGCUCAUCCACUCCCAAGAAGGCAACCUGUGCAGGGUUUACAAAGGCCGGGGCCCCAUGCAAGCUUACAUGUGUAGAGGGAGGGGAGAUGUGCUACAGACACACAUUUGGAGCAUCUAAGUGAACAUUGCAGUGAAGUUGUCAUAAACAUGAUUGAAUAAAAUCAUUGGUGCCAGGACUACAUAGCAGAGACAUGAAUCAAUAGAAAUAUAAUGGCCUUAGUGGGACUUUAAAACAUAUUUGUCCUUGAAAUUAUCCCUUGAUGCUCAAACAUAUCACAUCAGCCUCAUGUCAGUAGACAGUGGCUUGUUAGAGCCUUGUCAUUGGUCAGUCUUUUAUUCUUAAGUCGCCUUGUUGGAGUCUCAUAUAUGUAUAUGAUACGUGUAUAAGGUUUUAGGAAUCUAUGAUAGACCUGAUCUGAUGCAAGUUGUUUGAAGACAACAACAACAUGUGUUGUCAAUGAAUUAACACAGCAUUAUUUCUAUAAAUGAGUUGAUAAAUAAAAAUAAGUCAAAUUUGCAAUACCAUUCUAUUUAGCUUGUACAUAAAUGAUAAAUGCUUACUUUUGCCAACUUUUUUAUAAUCAUAUUUAUACUAUAUACAAUUCAUGAAUAUAAUUUUGUAAUCAAGAAAGUGAGUGAAUGUAAAUACAAUUUUGCAGUCAAAAUGAUUGAUGUCAGAUCAAGGGAAAUAUUUACUUUUGCCAACUUUUUCCUAAUCAUAUUUAUACUAUGUAAUGCAAUACACAACACGACAGGCCCAUAGCCAAACUUUCCAAGUGAUUUGGGUUAUUUUUGAGUCAAAAAAGAGCCCCCCUAGAUUUAAAAAAAGUGAACCUCCUUGGCAAAUCCUGGCUAUGGGCCUGCAUGAAUUUAAUUAUGUAAUCAAGAAAAAUGAAUGUACAUGGAUAUAAAACAGAUACAA